UUUCUUCGUCUGCCGCUGUAUGGUUGUUGUAGUUUGUGUCAGACAUCAUCAGGGGCUUAAAUACAUUUUUAUGUCUCUUUUAUUUUACCGCACUUCCACCUUUUGGUUCUCUAUAAUUUUAUCGCACUUCCAAACAUUAAUUUUAAAAAUUCAUUUUAACCUCCAAAUGUCUUUUACCGUAAUGCCUUUUACCGUAUACUGUCUUUCUUCGUCUGCCGCUGGAUGGUUGUUGUUGUCUGCCGCUGGAUGGUUGUUGACACAUCACGAACAUCCCACCUGUCAAUUCCCGCAAAAUAUAAACCAUAAUUUUUUAAUUAUGGAAUGA